GUGGCUUGGUUUGAAUGCACAGCUACUAAAGACGAUGUAGUCCAUGAAUCACCUUGGUAUUACAUUUCAUGUGAUGCGUGUAAUAGUAAGGCUGUCAAAGGACCUAACUCUUUGUUUUGUAACAAUAACAAGUGUGAGAAGAGAAAAGUCCCAGGCGUUCCUCAAUACCUCACCAAGAUUUCUGUGUACGACAAGAGUGAGCAAGCAGUUUUCGUGGUUCUUGGUGAUGCUGGCAAAGUGCUGACAGGGAAGCCUGCAUCAGAAUUAGUGGCCUGCUAUUUUGAGAGUUUCAAAUUCAUUGUCAAGAUCUCGGACCAUAACUUGACAGGAAGGAUUCAUUCCUUAACUGUCACAAAGAUACUACCACCUGAUGCUCCCAAUGCAAGCUUGGAAGAUGAGGUUAUUGCGGAAGCAGCUGAUGAUGUUUUGAAGGAUGGAAGCUGUGGAGCUGGUGCUUAUGUAAGCGUUGAAGGUCCUGCAUGUGAUAAGGUAAGAAGAGCUUCUGAUGGCCUUGAAUCCGAUGAACCCAAGUGCACCAAGAGUGGCUAA